UGCAAAGACCUUUCUCAUGCAGUCUGCUUAACUGUGUGAACCAGCAGUUUAGCUCCAGAUUUGGUAGUGUUAAAUGAUGACUGGAUUCGAUGAUCUCAAAGGUCUUUUCCAACCAAAGCGAUUCGAUGGUUCUGUGAUUCUUGAGACCAAGAGGAUGGAUCAUAUCUUGCUGAGGCCAUCAUGCCAUCUUUCCUAAGUUUCCUCUCUUGACCUCCUUUAUGAGUCUGGUGAGGCAAGACAGGAAAUCUUAAGGUAAAUAGAGAAAAUGGACAAAAGCUGACAGAGAGCAAUGACUGAGAUUUAUUUUAAAUUUGGUGGAAACCUGACUGGCCGUGUCCACUUUCCAACUCUGGCAACAGAAGUAGACACAACAGUAGAUACAUAUUCUGGCCUCUAUGUGUAUGUGGGACUGUUUCUAACACUUCUGGCUAUCCUUCUCAUAUUGCUUUUCUCCAUGUUCUUGCGUCUGAAGCAUGUUAUUUCCCCAAUCACCACCUCUCCAGAGAGCACCGAGAAUGUCCAGCAGUUCACAGAUGUGGAAAUGCGCAGCCAUAUUCCUACCACUUAGAGACCCCAAAGCAAAGAGGACUCUGUGCUUGUGAAACAUGUUUUGGUUGGCAAAAUGGAGGUGGAAAGAAUUUCUGAAUGCCUAGUGAGUCCUACAACUUACUACACAACCAUCAACAGCAGCACAAAGCAUCUGGAGAGCAUCACAUAACUGAGACUGGCUGGGACUUGCAGCUUUUGACACUAUGGGCAAUAUGAGUGCAACACUUUCAGUAAAAUUUACAUUACAGAAACCUGCUGCUGUCAGGAAAGACUCAUAGACCUCUAAAAGCCCUUGCAGUAAAUAGUAAAAGCCACAAUAAUGGAGCCAAAAUCCCAGACAGACACAUAGCAGAAUGUGUCCUGGAACUUCUAUUUGCCAACCUAUCUCUCUGCCCUUAAAUUCCUUGCUUGUGAAGAGAGUUGAAUCAACAAAGUUAAGUGGUGUAUGUGGGAAGAAGCCGGAGGGCACAUACAGAAAUUAUCAGUGGUUUGGAAAUUCUCUGGCAUUUCUUCCAUUCAGGAAGAAAAACCUUCAACUGCUUUUUUUCCCCUUGAAUGACAGAUGUACACAAUGGAGCUUCAGAAGUAUCAAACAUUUCAUCUCCUGCUGAAAAUAUUGGUUUCUGACACUAAAAAUUAUACUGGGGAUAGCUACAUUCCGCAGAUGAGACAGAGCUUCGAGACAAGGAAAGAAAACAGAUAAAAUUUAUCAAAGGUUUAAAAUAAAAAGAAAGCACCAGCAGGAAAUGAGCAGCAGGAGAGAAAAUAUGUUAAAAGACACUCUACCUCUCUUCCUUUGUUCUUCACUACAAUAACUGAGCUGAAUACAAAAGUGCUCAUGCCUUUCAGCCUCCCCAGUAUCACUCAGUAAUUAAAAUGUAGUGUGAAGUUGUGAGACACUGUUCUCCUACCAGACUCAAAUUCAUAAUAGCAUUUCCUCUCAUAUCCAUGUUGGCUAUUCUUUCUCUAAAAACAAAGCUUUGGGCCUCAAGUUGCAUUGUUUAAAUUGGAUAUUGGAAGAAAUUUUUUCACUGAAAGGGUUCUCAGGCUCCCCAGGGAGGUGGCUGAAUCCCAUCCAUCCCUGG